AUGUUUCUGCCGAACACGUCUCGGCUGCUGGGGGACUUGCUGCCUGCGGUGACCGGCGCUGCUGGCCAGGAGGGCGCUGCCUCCGGGGAUUACAACCCCUACUCUUCCACCACCAUGGAGGCGGCUCACAAUGACACUACUACUGUCCCUGACUGGUGGCAGCCCAAGACCCCUCGGCCCCAGAAUGUGUUCCUGACCAGCUUCUUGUCCUUGCUGCUUUGUUUCACCAUCGUGAUGGACCUCGUGGGCAACUCGUUUGUCAUCGCUGCUGUGACCAAGAAUGAGAGACUCCGCAACCUCGGGAACGUCUUUGUAAUCAGUUUAUCUGUGGCCGACAUGCUUGUUGCUGUGUAUCCUUACCCUAUGACCUUGAUUGCCAUCUUGAACAAUGGCUGGACCAUGGGAAAACUCCACUGUCAACUGAGCGGCCUCCUUACAAGCAUUAGCGCUGUUAGCUCCGUCUUUAACAUCAUGGUGAUAGCUCUCAACCGCUACUGCUACAUCUGCCAUAGCCUCUUGUAUGAGAAGAUCUUCACUGGAAGGAAUACCAUCCUCAUCCUUAUCGUAACCUGGCUGAUGACCAUGUUGGCUCUCAUCCCCAACUACUUUGUGGCCACCGUGCAGUACAAUCCCACCGUCUACACUUGCAGCUUUGUCCACACUUCUACUGCCUUCUAUGCCGUUGGAGUGAUGGCGCUCCACUUCCUCAUCCCCCUGACGGUGGUGGCAUUCUGUUACCUAAGGAUCUGGAUCUUGGUCAUUCAAGUCAAUCAUCGGGUCAAGGUCACCAAGCCGAAGUUCAUGCUGGUUGAUGUCCGCAACUUCAUGACGAUGUUUCUGGUCUUUGUCCUGUUCGCUCUGUGCUGGGGCCCACUGAAUUUCUUGAAGCUUGCCCGGGUCUUCGAUCCUUUGGGGAUUGGACCACGCGUCCCAGAGUGGGUAUACAUUGGGAGCUACUACUUGGCCUACUUCAACAGCUGCGUCAACGCCAUGGUCUACGGAACUCUCAACCAGAACUUCCGCAAGGAGUACCAGCGCAUCGUCCGCAACACUAAGGACACGGCCUACUACUUCGUUGUUGACCUGCAGGAACAAAUCCGUGAGAUGAGGAUGAGACGCAAGCCGACUUAUGCUGGGGCCAGGCGCAUUCAAGGUGACACCUACCUGUGAAGACAAAGUCUCACCGAAUGUCCUUAGUGAUGGCUAAGUGACAGGUCCCAGUCCUAAGUCUGCUCCGCAUACUAUACGCUUAAACUGCUUGACGCACCGUACUUCUCCCUGCUCCAACACACAGUCUGCACACAUGCACCCCCAUAUGCACAUGCAUGCACACAUAUACUUGACAUAAACCUUCACACUACACACAUCACACCAGCAGGCUUAGAAGUACAAAUUAGUGAGUGUGUUUAGCUCAUUGUGCAAAUGUACCUUAUACUUUGCGUAAUAGUAGCAUAUCUUUAAAAAUACGUAAUACAAAUUUAGGGAACUCAAGUUCCCCAGUGUUUGCCAUUCUGAUUUCCAAGCUACUUCAGCUUUCUUUCCAAUUGAUCUUCAUUUGUCAAUGGCUCCCCACACAAUUUUUCUCUUUCUCUCUUAUUAUCCUCGCUCCCCCAGUCUCUUUAAGUGGCUAGUUAUCUGUCUAGAUAACCAACUGAUGUACUUGGGGGAGCUCAUAAGAGAAGCUUGUGGUGAAGCCUUCUGUAAAUGAAGUAUCUUUUGGUCGCAUGAAUAUGACAGCAUAGUAAUCUGUUUUGUGAGCGUGAAUUUACACAUAUUUAAGCAGGCCCACCUGUGCUUCAAAUGGCAGUCACGGAAGCCGGUGAGAUAAUCCAGUACUUUAAAUGAAUGGCAUCUUUCCUAAAUUUCAGCUGCAAAAUGUUACUCUGAUGUCUACUGAAUUCAAUUGGGAAGCUCACCUCUGACUUAAUUCUUAGUACCAGGCAGUCAGUUGAACAGUGUCCUGAGGGGUCUGGAACACUUCCCCUGAGCCCAGGCCAUCAGGCAACAUUCCCAAGGGCAGAUAGUACACUGCUGCUCCUUCCUCCUGCUGCUGUUCUCCAAAUGUCACAAGUGUUCAUUUCCCCACAGGUGGAGCAAUGUUCUAUCUAGAGAAUCUCUGAUCUGAGCAAGUGCUGGCUUUCAGGGUUGGGGAGAGCCUCGGUUUUCUGGGAAAGUUAAGGUAGAGGACAAUCCCAAGCAGAGUCUGCUAUAUACAUUCAUAAUUGAAUCUUGCAACCACAAAGGGCCCCGUCCAUCUUCUCUUUCCCAGACCGGGCAUAAAAAUAGAACAAAUGAGAUCAUCAAAUUUCAGAAAGAGGUUUGGAGUAGAAGCCUAAUUUCAGGGAUGCUCCACUGGGUAGUGGCCAGUCCACGUUGGAAGUAUCCCUUCUCAGCUUCUGCCAUGGGAAGGUAUUAAGAGAGACAAACAGAGCCUAUUCUCAUCCAUCUCGUCCAUGUCCGGACUUUUACCACACACUCAACAAAAUGGUAAAAAACACUACUGAGGCAUGUGGAAUAAA